CCUGCCGCCCUGGCCAGGCGGUGGCGGGGCACCAGCUGUGCGCCGGGAGGCUGCAAUCUGACCCGGUCGCGGGGCCUCGUCUCCAUGGCAGCCGCGGCUUUAUUACUGGGGCCUCCACCCAGCUUGGCGGACUUUCGACUUGGAGCCGAGAGGAAAGGGACAGAGCAGGCGGCUGUGAGAGCCGGAAGCCAACGAGGUGACAGCCUGAGGCCCCGCGAGGCCAAGUUUCUUUCCCAGGACCAGAUUAAUGAGUACAAGGAAUGCUUCUCCCUGUAUGACAAGCAGCAGCGGGGGAAGAUAAAAGCCACUGACCUCAUGGUGGUGAUGCGGUGCCUGGGGGCCAGCCCGACCCCCGGAGAGGUGCGGCGCCACCUGCAGACUCACAGGAUCGACAGAAAUGGCGAGCUGGAUUUCUCCACUUUCCUGACCAUUAUGCACAUGCAAAUAAAACAAGAGGAUCCGAAGAAGGAGAUCCUUUUGGCCAUGUUGAUGACAGACAAGGAGAAGAAAGGCUACAUCAUGGCGUCAGAGCUGCGAUCAAAACUCAUGAAACUGGGGGAGAAGCUCACCCACAAGGAAGUGGAUGAUCUUUUCAGGGAAGCAAAUAUCGAACCAAAUGGCAAAGUGAAGUAUGAUGACUUUAUCAACAAGAUCACCAUUCCUACGCGGGACUACUGAGUGAGGAGGAUGUGAGAGAGCCUCCCCCAGCCCUGGAAACACAGACUGAGGAGUUUUUGAAAAGAAAAGUGUUCCCUUCCCUCUGGGGAAAUGGUGGACACGGCAGUGGGAUGACAUGACCUGACGGGAGCGCUCCGAGCCGAAAUGAUUUCAGCCAUAGCAUUAGCAAGUCUUUAAUAAAAAGAUUUGUACUGAUUUUAAUAACUA